UCCAAUUGCUUGGGAAGUGAAAAAAAGAUCAGGCACAUUAUAGAGAGAUCAUCCAAGCAGAGUCCUCAGUAUGGGCUGCUGAAUGGCCACGGCAGCUUUCGAUUCUCAGAAUUGGAUCACAGCAUCAUAGACCUCCUGAGCAGGGACAUCAGGUCAGAAAGGAUAAAUGAAAACACCACACUGGGAAGCCAAGAGAUGGCAGGAAGGAGCCCUUUCACCCGGGAGGAGUACCAGCAACAAGGAAGAAGCGUUUCCCCAGCCACGGCAAGUACCGUAAUGAGCACUACCACUGAUACCUACGCAUCUGGCUCUCCCUUGGUUUCAAUUACUGCCACUCCUGAUCCCCCCACAGCUUCAACUACCUUCCCUACAUCUGCUACCACCAUAGUGACUGUGUCUUCCCAAACAGUGACUUCCUCCCCAAACCAUGCAUCCAGUCCCCCUACAGUUACUACACUCAUAAGCAGCGUACAAGACACAACUGCUUCUCCAGGACAAAGUACCCUUCAAAUGUCCUCUGCCGUGCAAGGUGGUUCCUCAGGGAUCUCUACUUCGGGACUUCCCCAAAAACCGACUUCCAGCAUCAUCCUUUCUUCAACCACCAGCAACACAAGCGCUGGACUCACAGGUCCCAGCAGUCACUGCCAGGAGAAGCCCUGUGGGGAGGACGUAUCCUGUGUGAAUCUGUAUGAAGAACGCAUCUGCCUGUGCCUGGAGGGAUAUUACUACAGCUCCAUGAAAUGUUUCAAAGGAAAGACAUUCCCUGGACAGAUUACCAUAAUGGUAACUGACACAUCUGACUUGCAGAAUGAAGGUUCUCCCGCCUACCAGACCUUAUGGUCUAAAAUUAAUACAUUCUUUACGAAUGCGUUCACAAACACAGAUUACAAACAGACUGUAGUUCACACAGUAAGCACAUCUCCACAGCAAGCAAGAUCUGCAUCAGUGUCUGUAAGAAUCGUAAACCUUUUUGAGAAAAAUACAACUGAAAAUGAGACAACUAUAGAGGAUAAAAUUAACGAAGCAAAUAAAUCCUCAGUGAACAUUUUAUCGUAUUCAAAACAAGAACAGUGUGAGUAUUAUGGUUGUGAAGAUACUCACCAAGAUAACUGCAGCAGUAGCGUAAACUGCCAGUGUAAAAAUGGGCUGCAGAGACCUUUCCCGCAGUCUCCCUUCUGUCUCACUUUACAGUGUUCUGAAGACUGCAAAGCAGAAGACAAAAAGCAAUGCUUAAAGAACAGCACUGGGGAACUGACGUGUGCGUGCCUGCCGGGCUACCAGAGGACUCACACAGACCACUGCCAAGAGUGUCCGUUUGGCUACAGCGGAAUGGACUGUGAAGACCAAUUUCAGCUCAUCCUCACAAUUGUGGGCACCAUUUUGGGCGUCCUCGUUCUCAGCUUGGUGAUUGCAUUGGUGGUUUCAAUGAGAUCAAAGAAUAGAAAGAAGGACAUCGAAGAGCAGAAGCUGAUGGAGAACGACUUCCAGAACCUGCAGCUGCAGCAGACCGGCUUCAGCAAUCUGGCGGCUGAGGGGAGCCUCUUCCCCAGGGUCAAGACCAAGGAGGCUCCCAAAGACUACCAAAAUCCCUACACAGGCCAGUAAAGCGCACCUGCCCUCCUGCCAGAACGAUGAAAAUGUGGAGCCUCCACAGCCCUAGCCCAAUGUACAAGCUACUAUUUUGAAUGUUUAGAAGGACUUGGAGAAGAAGCACGAGUGGAGACCCACCCACCUGACACCUGCGGACCUCUCAGAACAGGACCUGAAUGGUGCAAGGCACUUAUGUCUUGCUAAAGAAGCAGCUGUGAAGCCAAAUGCACACACAGGCUGUUAGCACUUGUAGGACAGGUGAUUCUUCUCUGAUCAGUGCGAAGUACCCAGACAGUGGUUAGCUUUGUUUUGUUUUGGUUUAAUGUUUAUCCCUGGUAGGGUCCCACUGUUUGCUCCCUAGAGGAGAGCCCCCAGCAGUACUGUACGUAUCCCAGGGAGAAUUCUGCAGUUGACAGCUUGGAGAUCUCCUGGGGACCUCACCCAUAAGCAGUGGAGGUCCUGGGAAAGGGCAGAUAUGCCAGCUUUCAAGUCCGCUCUGUGACAGGUGAGAAGAGUGACACCAUGUCUGUCUCCCCCACACCCUUGAAUUGCUAGGAGCUUGUGAAUUGGCCUCACCCUGAAGAGACAGGAAAGGGACAUGACUUUGGCUUUUUCAAGAUUUACUGGGAAUCCAGGAACUUUCUGAUGUUAAUGAGAAGGACUAAAGCCAGGCAAGUAUCCCUGUAAUCCCAGCUACCCGGGAUGCUGAGCCAAAAUGAUUGCAAAUUCAAAUCCAGCCUGGGCAAUUUAUCAAGAUCCCAUCUCAAAAUAAAA